ACACCCGCUCAGUAGCAGCGCCUUCUGCGUCAACAUGAACAUGAUCGCCCUUCUACAGCUCCUGGUGGUGGCGCUGGCGUCGAGGGCCACUUCCGGUCAGGACCUGAUAUUCUUCCCAGACGACCCAACCAACGGCACUUCUCUCUCCCGCCUGUACUCGCAGCCGGCGAAGCCACCAGCCGGUUCCAGCCAAUGCUCGCGGGGGAACUGAGGUCCUCCGAUCCUCCUCCGCGGUGCGCGAUGAGGCUGGGGCAGGAUAUCGACUCCCCCUGUCUCGAGGACGCCGACUACAAUGAUAAUCUGAAAGAGCAUAUCCAGUUCCUGUUGGCUGAUCCCAGUGUCAACUCGGUCGUGAAAGAUCCCCUGUUUAAAGACCUUUUGAAUGACAACCUGGUGGAACUCCGCACACGCCCACUGUCGACGCGUGUGGGGGCCUCUGAGACGCCCGUGUGCCAGUCGGAGGAGACGCUGAUCUUCCCCAAGCGAGCCAAGUCCUCCAGCAACGAGUGGGUCUUCGUGCUCAACCAGGAGAAUGUGGAACAGGCGCUCAGAGUCGAGAAGUGCAUAAACGAGGGCACGGCUUGUGAGUUCGAGUCCCCACUGCCACCGGAGAUCAGGACCGUGUGCAGGCAGAAGUAUGUGUACCGGAGGAUGCUCACCGUCGGCAGCAACAAGAUCCAACCCGAGGAGGUCCUCAUGCCCUCCUGCUGCGUCUGCUACAGGAAAUCCGCUGGCUUCGACAUCGGCUCCCGAACCCGCACCCCGGGCACCUCCAACGGCGGCGGCCAGCCAAUCAGUCCCGCCGGUUCUCAACCCUUCGUCAACACCCAGCCCGUCGGCGCCUCCUUCAGCCAGCCCCUUCCGGCCAACAUCAAUUUCGGGAACCAGCCGGCCCCGCCAUUCAACCACAGGACCAUCCGUCGACGCGGCUUCUUCGGCCCAGGGAGGGGCUUCUUCAACAACUGGCAAUAAGGAGAGACAGUGUGUUGGGGCUUGUCCAUCGGUGUCCUCUGCAAGGAUGUAUGUGCAGUGCAAUGCCUCUCUUUGUCUUCCAGAGCAUAAACAUUGAGAUUUUGUGGAUGGCCUAUUGACACGUACAGCACUUUGCAUGGCCACGCAGAGUGUGUACAUGGAGUGUCUACACAGAUACAUAUAUGUGACUUACACAUACACACGGUGAGGUCUGUCCUUUUGAAAAAAAAUAGAAAAAAAAUUAUAUCUUCAGCCUCUCUACUCAUUCACUUUUGAAGCGAGACUUGAUUGUGUGUGUUGUUCAGCUAUCUCACAUUACUAUGUAUAAUAGCUAUGUUUCCUAAACCAAAUGGGGUCGAUUUCGCAACUGUCUCAAAGAAAUUGGGAAGAAGCUUUUCUUCUAUGCUUAUCAAACAUACUUACAAAAAUCAGGUACAAAAUAUUUAUAUUUGUAAAGGAUGUAUCAUGUUUUGUUAUCCUUUUUUGUUCUUUUUUGUCCCUGAGUGAAAUGCUCCGCACUCAGCUGCUGAGAAUACGGUUCGUGCACCACAAACGGAGGCAACAAUGAGCAACACUCCCUGCAUCAUGCCAAACGGAUCCACUCUGCCCCUCGGAUGAAAGGGAACAAUAGGUUUUACAGAAGCAUUAGGUGUUGAGUGCGAGAAGUUCAGUAGAAUUCUGUUUUGCAUUAACCCAAAAGAGUAAGCGAGCUUUUCAGUUAAGUAGUAUUUACGCCAACAACCACAAAAAAAAAAAAAUGUAGCCUACAACCUCACGAUCUUGUAAAACGCAUAAGGAAAUUAAAUAAUUACAUAGAGAAUAACAGGGAGAAUAAUCCGUCAGCUUUAAUAUUGUUUUUAUAAGUAUAAUAAAGUAUAUGAAAAUUUAAA